AAAAUCUUUUGCAUCGUUAACCCCUGGUAUGGGUUUGGUGAACUCAGACGACAAAAAUGAGUCUAGGCUGUGAUCUCUCUGUUCUGGAAGAGCUAACAUCAAAUGCAAAGCAAAUACAAGAUGAUGUAUUGACCAAGAUACUCAAAGCCAACACAAACACAGAGUACCUCAGUCGUUUUCUCGAGGGGAGCUCCGAGAAAGAGCUGUUCAAGAAAAACGUACCGGUGGUGAGCUACGAAGAUGUUAAGCCUUAUAUCGACCGUGUCGCAAACGGAGAACCCUCAGAUAUCCUUUCGGGCAAACCGAUUACUGCGUUUUUCCGAAGCACUGGAACCUCAAGUGGGGAAAAAAAGAUAUUUCCUGCGAACGACAACUUUGAGGAUAUUCUAUUAGGCCUUGCCCUAAGCUCCCUCGUUAUGUCCAAGCAUGUCGAUGGUUAUAAGCAAGGAAAGGUGAUGAUCUUUAAAUUCAUUCAGCCUAUAUCCACAACUCCUUGCGGUUUGCCUCUUGCUCCCUCGAUAACAAUUAUCAUGAAGAGCAAAUGUUAUAGGAGCCCGGGAAAACGUAGUACAACCCCGGACGAGAUCAUAAUGUGUACGGAUCCGAAACAAAGUAUGUACUGUCAACUUCUAUGUGGUCUUGUCCAGAGAGACGAGGUUGUAAGUGUUGGUGCUCUGUUUGCUUCUGUCUUGGUUCAAAUAAUACGUUUUCUUGAAAAGUACUGGAAAGAGUUGUGCAGUAAUAUAAGGUCCGGUCAUGUCAGCGACUGGAUCACUGACCAUUGUUGUAGAGAUUCUGUCUCUACCAUCCUUGGAGAACCAAAUCCUGAACUGGCAGAUUUAAUCGAAAACGAGUGUGGACAAGAAUCUUGGCAAGGUAUAGUUUCACGACUUUGGCCCAAAACUAAAUGCGUUGAAACCAUUGUUACAGGAAUCAUGGCUCAGUACAUUCCAGCACUGGAGUUCUACUCUGAUAAACUGCCUAUAGUUUCCAGUAUUUAUGGAUCCUCUGAAACUUUUUUCGGGUUAAAUGUGAAUCCUCUAUGCAAACCACAACAUGUGUCCUACACAUUCCUACCCAACAUGUCAUAUUUCGAGUUCAUACAUGUUGAUGCCGAUGGAGAAGCGACAGGCGAGAUUGUUGAUCUUGUGGAUGUGAAGUCAGGUGGCUACUAUGAGCCCUUGGUCACAAACUAUUCCGGUUUAUAUAGAUGUAGAGUGGGAGAUGUUUUACAUGUCACUGGAUUUUACAAUAACGCACCACAAUUCAGAUUCGUACGUAGAAAAAAUACGGUUCUAAGUAUCUUCGUAGAAUCAACGACUGAAGAAGAUGUCUUAAAGGCGUUGGAUCGUGCAACAGUAGUUCUUGAAUCUUCGGAUUUGAUGUUGACAGGCUUCACAUGCUUUGGUGAUGUCUCCACUGUACCGGGUCACUACGUUUUUUACUUGGAACUCAAAGCCAAAGUCAACAAUGACACCAACGUUCUACUACUUGAUGAAAAGGUAUUGGUGGAGUAUUGUUGUGUCAUGGAGGAAUCACUGAGUAGUUUCUAUAGAAGCCUUAGGAGAAAAGAUGGACCGAUCGGACCUCUAGAGGUAAGGGUUGUGCAACAAGGAACGUUUGAUUCUCUCAUGGAGUUCUUUGUCUCCCGAGGUGCUUCUAUAACUCAAUACAAGACACCUAUAUGCAUAAACUCUGUUGAGGCUUCAAGGGUUCUUGAAGACAAGGUUCUUGCUCGGUUCUUCAGCGACAAAUCCCCUACUAUCUGACCCAGAUAUGAUCUGUAUUGAUAUGAUGAUGAUCCUUUCAGAAUAAUGAAGUUACAAACUUUUUUGUCGAGGCGAAUUCUCUAUUUUGAUCACUUUGUAUGAUUGGUAAGUGCUAUACUUUCAUUUUUUGCUGUAGAAUUAUAGCUGUGAUUACUAAGUUCAAAAAAAAAAAACUUAUUUGGCGAGUGUGGUUUUUAUUUGGAGUAAUUUAUGGUUAAGUGUGUGUAAUUGAUGCUUUUUAUUUCCUGUUCUUUUACAAACGUCAUUGUCAAAUCGUGUGGGCAAUAAAUAAGUGAAACAUUUAGUUUGUCAACAAAUAAAUGAUACAUAUUUAAGUGCAUGAGGUAUGAUUGGUGUAUUAUCUUCUUUUUUCUUAUACAGUUUGGUGUGUUAUCUUAUUUCAUCUUAUAAAUAAAUAAAAUCUUUCAGGCUCCAAUUAGCUAUAUUUAACUUAGUUUGAAUUAUUUCACUGGCUUCUUUCAAGCCUUCUUAAGAAAAUACCAAGAAUUAUUAUCUGAAAAACCUGAGUAGAGUAGAACAUUGAUUAAUGAAUUGUUUCAAGACUUGGAGAUUUUCAAAACCUGAGUUAUUUCUUCAUGGUUCGUUAUUAUUGGCUUCCCGUAUAUUCUGAUUAUGACAUGCACUCCUAGCUAUUUCUUCAAUCCUUUGCAGAAAAAACUUUCAAGAAAAUGAUCCGUGAAGAAAACCCUAAUUAGAGCAUUUAUCUGUGAGUAUCUUUGCAUAGAUCAGGGAUUAUAUGUUCUAUGAAAAAAAAUUGGUUAAAAAUAAUAGGUUUCUAACUCAAAACAAAGUAAUAAUUAGUAAUUCUAUUUUUUUUUACUUCAUUCCAUCAAUACUAUUAAAAGAGAAGGAGUCCUAAAAAAUCUACUUAAAUAAGGUUGUUAGACUAUUUUAUUAGAUUUAAUUAUUUAUUUGGUCUUACCUUAUAUUUCUCUAAGUAUAUAAAUAGUUAACAUAAUUUAAAUGAACUCAUUUAUUAUUCUUCCAUAAUCUAUUAUAUAAUUAUUCUAACAACAAAUCUCCAUAAAUAUAUGACAGAUUAUUCAAACAUGUUUACACAUGAAGUGAUCAUUACCACAUAUAGUUCCAUUCAGUAUAAUUUUUUUAAUGGUUUAGUUAUGUUUAAUAGGGUAUAUAAUUUGUAUUUUAAAAAAUUAAGUAUUCAUUUGAUCCUUAAUUCGGUUUCUAUUCAUAGAUAUAUGAUAUGCUCGGUUAUUUAUGGAAUUUAGCUUAACUUUAGUUUUUUUUCUUCAGUUUGGUACAGUUUAGUGCACCCGGAUAAAUAUAUCCAGAUCUAUACAUUAUCUUAUAUAGAAAUUAUAUAAGAAAAAUUUAUUUAAUUUGAAAAAUAAACCCGCGUUUUUUAAGCGCGGAUCAAAAUCUAGUUGUUGUUAAUACAUUAACGUAUAAGUUCUAUUUUUUUUUUUUUAAAUCAGAGAUAAAGGAUCACUUCGUAUGAUUGGCAAGUGUUGUACUUUUAUUUUUUGGUUGUAGAAUUAUAGAUGUGAUUAUCUUUGCUUUGGUUUUAGGUUUUUAAUUCUUAAGAGUCAUUAAAUUUGAGCUAUAAGUAUUUAUCUCUUCAGAGCAAUUAUAAUAACAUGAUUUUAAAGAAAAGCUGAAAAUUUAUUAUAAAUUGCUGUGAACGUUAAAAAGUGAUAAAGCUUGAUUGCUUUUGAUUGAGUGUUGUGAACUUAAAUGGUAUUGUCUAAAGCUCCCACAGCUGGUACCAUUCAUCCUCACUAUUUGCAUUCUUUACAGAAAACGUUUUUGUAUGUAUGAUAUUCUAUUGAUUAAUAUGUCAAAAUAUACAUAUUUUAACAAAAACAAUCAGUAGCUUUUAACUCAAUAUAAAUUAGACAUUAGCAAAGUAACCCCACAUUUAAGUGUUGGAUCGUCUUAAUUUUAGUAACUAUCUCUAGUUUUAAAGAAUUUUGUUAACUCUAUAAAUUUUCUUUAACAUAUCACAUGUUUGAUUAAUUACAUAAAAUUACUUUAUAGUACGAUUAAAAUAUUGCAACCAACACAUGCACAUUUCUCGAAUUAUUACAAUUUACAAUAACCAUCUAUUGCUUAGAUUAUGAUAAUGAUGUAUAUUAACUUUAACAAUAUUAACUUCAUCCAAAGCAUACACUAUCUCGCCUUUUUAUUGGAUUCAUGUGCAUGCAUGUGAACAAACUUCCUUAUCAGUAGUACUUAUUACUACAAAUUUAUAAUUGAAAUCUGACUCGUUAGAUAUAUAAUAUAUUCUAUAAUUACUUCUUAAGGGUUAGUUACUAGCUGGUUUUGUUUGUGUUUAGCGAAAAGCUGGAGUAUUUAAAUGUACAAUGUUGUUGACCAUUAUCAAAAGAAAAGUAAUGACCCUAAUAGAAAACGAAAGGACAUGUAUAACAAUCUUAAAUAUUGAUUUGUUACGUGUUGGUUGCCGCAUAACGUGAUUUAGUUUCUACAGAAAUAACACAGCGUUACAAAUUACAAUAUCCACCAAUAACAACAUGAACAAAAUAUAUCAUGAAUAGCAUUUAACCAAAAUUGUGUAUAUAACGUUUUCAUUUGACUUGUGUAUAUCGACUUUCUGAAUAGCAUUUGACGAAAAUCAAAUAUACAUCUAUGUUUGCACGUUGGUAAAUAAAUCAAAAAUAUGAUCAUUAGUAUCUUUCCAUUUGGGGUCAAAUAUCCAAUUAAUAUAUACAUAAUUACUAUGUCUGUAGCUAUUACAUAAUAAUUCCCUGAACUUCAGUUCUUUGACGCCUACAAACUUUACCAUCUCAAAAUCCAGGCGCAGGUUCGGUGAUUAAAGUGCUGCCACGGUAAUUUCCGUCGAAGAACAAAAUAAGCAAAUGAAUAUAAAACUUGAUUGUAAAAACUAUCUCAAACAAAAACUAUUGAGAUCCGAUGUUUGGGUACGAAUGAAGUGGAUUAUACAUCAAUCAAGGAAGAUGAUAUAUAAAACAAUUGAUCCUCAGUGGAAAUACAUCGGAUCUUGCAAAAGAGAAAACAAAAGUCUGCAUUACGUUUAUUUUUAUUAUUUUAUAACCUCUCGUUUUGCUAAUACCUGUUAACGAAAGAAAGAAAAGUUAUAAACAUGACAAAACAUCUAAUCUAUAACGUAUUACGUUUAGACAAAGUCUAAGUUAAAACAAUUAAACCUUACAUGAAAAAUCUGGCAGAGAAAACAUUUAACUACUUUUUAGCUUUUUUGUUCCAUAUAAUUAACACGUUUGUAAAGAAUAGUGUUCUUCAUUUCCCUAUUAAAUGAUACCAUUUCCAAUUAUUUUUGUGAUUCUUUUUUAUUACAAGAGUUAUGAACUUAAGCCCAUAGUUUUGUUAGACCAGAAACAAAAGCUAGUUGUUUAAUUUUCUCUUUGCACAUGUUAAAACUCGAAUUUAGCACAUAUAUCUUUAGGAUAAAUGGCUAGAGGUAACAACUCCGGAUAUGAUUAUCUCUUAUUCCUUUAAACAUUCACAAACCAUGUCAUUUGAUCAAAGGUUUAACAUUGUAACACAUGUAACUUUACAGAAAAUUUUUCUUUCCAACUUUUUCUUUCUUUUCAGAAUAUACAUGUAACUUUACAGAAAAUUUUCUGAAGAGAAUUACUUAUUAUGUGAAACCGUUUACUGUAUUUCAUAAAUUCGAUUAGUUUGAUGUAAAAAAUAUACACUUAUUUUUAGUAGAAAAAGAUCAAAAAAAAUGAUGGAUUGAAGCUUCUUUGUAACUAAUCGCAAUGUCUUUCGCCUAUACCAAUUCUUAUUAUUUUACAAAAAAAAAAAAAAAAA